GAUUUUUGGAAAGCGAAGGAAAACUUUCGAUUGUAUUUGUGGCCGUCAGGUCGGAUGAUUCCUGCUUCUCCGAUCCUAUCACAUCGCGCACUACCUUCCAGCGAAUCCAUCACGGAAGAAAUUGUUCCCCACCCACCCUAGACUCGCCGCCGUCGCAACUCCCACCCGAUCCCCAAAUUCUCCGGCGGUGAUGGCCAGCCUGUGGCGCGCCGUGAUGGAUAGCGUCAGCGGCUCCUCCCCCUCGGCGCUGGACGCGGCCCCAGGUAGCGGCGUCGAGUUCUGGCACGGCGCAGAGCGCGCUGGGUGGCUAAAUAAGCAGGGCGAGUACAUCAAGACGUGGAGGCGGCGGUGGUUCGUGCUGAAGCAGGGGAGGCUUUUCUGGUUCAAGGACCCUGCGGUGACACGGGCCUCGGUGCCCCGCGGCGUCAUCCCCGUCGCCACCUGCCUCACAGUCAAGGGCGCCGAGGACGUGCUCAACCGCCAGUUCGCCUUCGAGCUCUCCACGCCUGCCGAGACCAUGUAUUUCAUUGCGGACUCCGAGAAGGACAAGGAGGAGUGGAUUAACUCCAUCGGUCGCUCCAUCGUCCAGCACUCCCGCUCCGUCACCGACGCAGAGGUCGUUGACUACGACAGCCGCCCCCAGCCCCCGCCGCAGCUUAUGACCAGCGAAGAGAGUGCACCAGCAGCUUAAUGGCGUGGUGAUUCCUGUGAACUCUCUCGAUAUGGAUCUGACUUGUAGCAUAUGUAUUUCCAAUUCCAUGUGAUUGUGGCCUUGUGCCGACGUUCCUCACUCUUGAUUAUGUAGCAGUAUAUUAACUAUCAACGACAUGGUCUGGUAUGGUAAUAAGCGAGUUAAUAAGCUGUGCUUUCGUUUAUAGUUUGUUUUAUAUGUAUAUACUAUACUA